UUUCCUUCAGAUAGGUUAUCGGCUUAUCACUGGCCUCAUUCAGGUAAGCUUAGGGUUGGAUAUUUAAUAUCUUACACUAAUUCAGGAGUAGGAAAUCAAAUGAUAUGUAUACUCUACUAGCUAUUACUGUAUACUUCUUGCACAGGGGCUCGCUGGUUGGCACCAGCCCAAGACCUGGGCUUCUUUAUUUAGGGUCUGUAUUUAUUUAGGAGGUGUGGUCAGGGGUUUGUACUUAUUUAGGAGGUGUGGUCUGGGGUUUGUACUUAUUUAGGAGGUGUGGUCUGGGGUUUGUACUUAUUUAGGAGGUGUGGUUGGGGUUUGUACUUUUUUAGGAGGUGUAGUCUGGAAUAUAUUUAUUUGGGAGUCUGGUCUGGUGUCUGUACUUAGUUAGGUGUGGCCUGUGGUCUGUGUUUAAAAGGUCUCGUCUGUGGUAUGUAUGUAUUGAGGAAGUCUGGGGUUUGCAUCGUGUUUAUGGUGUCGGUGUGUUUAGGGAGUCUAUAUUUAAGGGGGUCUGGUCUGGGCCUCUAUUUAUUUUAAGGUAUGUUAAAAGGGGAUCAUAUGCAUUAUUAUUGGUUCAAAGGCCCAAGGAUGGUGAACUGUUCAACAUAAAAUAGACAGGGCAUGAUAAAAGCAUGUUGCUCAAUGCAAUAAAUGGGCUGCUUCUUAUGCCCCUUUCCAGACUAUCCUCCGUGUGACGUGCCGGGCUAACAGGAAGUAAGAAGAAUACAGCCCAGGGACCGAACACCUGUACCGGAGUGUACCGGAGCUCCGGGGGAUCGUUGGCAGGACACAGCUAUCAUUCUCUUUGAAUGUACCGUAUGCCAGUCCCUAUGGGCACGGAUGGGUAAAUAACUGCUUGUAGCGGUGGAAACAAGAACGCUAGGCGUGAACAGAUGUUGGAACUUUAUGAAUCCUAUUUCAAGUGCAGUGAUGUUUGCACAAGGUCACAAAACGUCUACAGUCCUUUGCAGUCACAGCUGGCGUGGUAAGAUCGUCAGUGAAGGUAAAGGGCCGUUGGCAUUCAUGUCCAUCGAGGACACGGCGGGACAUACUGCUUCGGCUGAAGUGGUCGUGGGCGUUGGAAGGGGAAUUUUUCCUCUAUCCAAUAACAAAAAUGGUUAAUAGCACGCAUACUACUCGCCCUACGGCUGCCACCACUACCUACAGCUCCACCGGCUCCGCCAUAAUCUCCUGGAUCGACAGCAUUUUGAACCGGAUUCCUCUACCACGAUGGGCCAUCUACACGUUGUUUGCUGUGGGACUCUUCUUAAUUCUUUUGAUAAUCAUCUGCUGUUGUUGCUGCUGUCGAAAGAAGAAAAAUAAAGGCAAAGACAAAGAAAAAAUCAAACUUGGGACAUUAAAGAACAGUGUUACAACAAGCUUGGUACAGCCAGAUAUAGAGGGACUAAAGAAAUCACAGGAAAAUAAUUAUCGUGGACGUCUACUGUAUUCUGUGGAAUAUAACUAUCAGAAAGAGGAGAUAACUGUGGCAGUAAAGCAAGCUGCAAGUCUGAUGGCUAUGGACUCUGGAGGAACAUCAGACCCAUAUGUCAUAGUCUACCUCACCAAUGAUAACCGCAAGAAAAAUGAGACCAAGGUGCAUCGCAAGACAGUAAACCCCAUUUUCAAUGAAUCCUUCCCCUUUAAGCUCUUACAGUCAGAAUUAGAAGAUACACAGGUUGUGAUGCGAGUCUAUGACUUUAAUCGUUUUGCGAAGCAUGAUGUCAUCGGGGAAGUGAGGCUGCUUCUACGAGAGAUGGAUCUACAGCAUGUCAUUGAGGAAUGGAAAGACCUGAAUGCUGAAUCAGCUGUGGAGUAUGAACGGCUUGGAGAAAUCUGCUUUUCACUAAAAUACAUCCCCGUGACUUCAAAACUCGUUGUCGUCAUUCUGGAGGCAAAGAACCUUAAGAAAAUGGAUAGUGAUGGCUUUUCAGAUCCAUAUGUGAAGGUACAGCUUGCACUGAAUAAGAAAAAGUGGAAGCGUAAGAAGACAGGAGUGAAGAAGAACACCCUGAACCCAUACUUUAAUGAAGAAUUUACCUUCGAUGUGACUCUGGAGCAAAUUCAGAAUGUGGAUCUUAUCAUUUCUGUGUGGGACCAUGAUAAAGUCAAUAAGAACGAACAGAUCGGGAAGAUAUUUCUUGGCUGCCGAGCUUCAGGGAAUGCAUUAAGACAUUGGUCGGACAUGCUUGCACACCCACGAAGGCCAGUAGCCCAGUGGCACAAUUUGCAGGCAGCAGAAGAAGUUGAUAAGGUCCUUGCCCUGAAAUCUAAUUUAAAACUCCCUCGAUCCAACAAAUAGUGGAAUUCCAGCUCUAGGUUUUCCUAAAAUCCAAAUAUCAAGUAAUUUUUCAGCAUCAAAAACAGCUAUAAAAACGGGCCAAAGAGCUGAACAAAAACUAUUUGGUAUAUUUUUUUCAGCCAUCCUUUUGGUCGUUGAUUUUUUCCAUUCUAUUUUGAGCUACAAAACUACUGUUUUACGGGUUAAACAAUGUCCUAAAAUAACUCAUGAUUAUAAUUCUUCAUAGUAUGCAGUGGAGACUUUCCAAAAAGACCACCUCUUUACGAAGACACAGAUUUUGCAGUCCAGCAUAUGUUUUGUAUGGUGGCCAUUUGCUUUUAGAAGACCACACCCACUGAAGACCCCUUUUCUGUUCUAUUAUAGGUGGUCUUUUCAGAGGUUUCACUUCACUUGAAUUACCACAGAAUUCAAGGUUUAAAUGACUUAAAAUCCCUACUUAAAAUUUGAAGGGUCCACUGACAAUAAGUUGGUCACAAAGUAUCCUCCUGAUGGAACCUCUGAAGAUCAGGUGAAAUAUGUGGGGACUCCUAUGAGUAAGUGUUCAGUUUCUCUGCAGCACCACCACAGGGGAAAUUAGGAAUUACACAGUGACCCUUUAAAUCAAUGAGCUGUCUGUAUAAUGUGGGGCAGCACAAGUCCUCCAGAGAGAGCGAGAAAGGUGCAUUUUAUAGGCAAUUUUUUUUUAAUUGGGUAAGAGAUAUAGAUCCAAAAGCUAUUGUUAAUGCCCAAAAUUUCCAGUUGGGUACAUAAAAUAUUUUUCUAAACUAGCUGACCUCUUAUAACUCUAAACACAAUACCAUCAUGGCUUCAAUUCUUAUCACUCAUCACUCGUAUGAAAGAUCUGUCAGGGGUCUGUCAGGUUUCCAUUGGGAUUUGUAGCUCUUGACAGCAGGAACAGCACACAUUGCAGCACUUUGUCAACAGAACCUAAGCACCGCUGAAAGACCAAAAAAAGGAAUGGACAUAUGUCAUCAGAUUACAAAACAAAGAAACCAUGAAGGGACUUCAUGUAUCUAUGAUAUAUUUAGUCAGGAACUCAGUGGAAAAGUUUGUCCUACUGUGACCGACAUUUACGCUGUAUUGUGGCUUUCUUUACUGUCCUUCAAUAAACAUAAGUGUUGUGAGAAAUGCAACAACCCUAUUGGUUGAAUAAUGGUCUCAGAGUAUUCACUACUAUACGAGUGAAGCAGACACCACCUGAAGUACCUCUGUGGAUACCAAUGCCAGACAUAUUGAGCGUUCUGUAUUUUAUUAUUAAACACUAUCUU